AUGGCAGGCCGUUGGGCCCCAUUUGAGUCGGUACCCAUUGUCACUCCAUCCUAUGUCCGACUUUCCAUUCUCACUCUUGACAAUGUCGUAUUCAUGAGCAAGACCGAGCUCGCACGGCUCGUCGACAAUUUCCCCACCCUCUCCGAAUGUCAUUGCUGGCGACUUGCCUUCCUAGACCCGUCACCGGUCGUCCAGUCGCGUAGAACUCGGCGGCGUGCUCUGCCGACUCUCCACUCCCUAGACUGUAAGAUACAGCAUUGUAAGGAUAUGGCAGUUUCCACUCAAGUAGUGCUUGCUGCUGACAUUGUCGCACCUGCUCGCCGCAUGGGUCUUGACGACCGUACAUGGGACGCCACCCUUCAAGGCCUGCUUGCGCUGAUGCCAAAUGGACCUGGAAGGGCGAGUGUGUGUCUUGAUGAUCGGAACGGCAAUAUGUUUGAUGUGGUGUCAAUUGGUUGCGCUUCAUUCGGCCCAGGUGCAAGUCCACCACCGGCGCAUGUCGAGAGCAUCACUCUCGAUCUCUCAUAUAAUGAUGCCGAAGUUGCGCACAUCCUUCCAUUGGACGCCUUGCAAGACGUAAUUAACUCCCCAUAUGCGCGCUUCCUUUGCAUCGACUCUGCCGAGCCGGGAUAUGAAGGAUUCGAGGUCACGAAGAGGAUCUUGUGCUCUGUCUUGCACUGCACGCAGCUGACCUGGGCCCUCGAAUCAGGAAAACUCCGGUUCUGGGAUCGAUAUCACGAUUGUGAUCCCAUCACAAGUGCGGACAUUCUGUCUGUAUCGAAAGAGCACACUAUCAACGGCACGACGAUCACUCUCGACAUGAUGAACAAGCUGAGUGGUUACUACGCCCAGUUUGCUUUCCCAUUCAUGAAUUCACAAAGGAGCAAUACCUACGAAAGCUCAUAA